AAAUCCUCCUACGUAACAAUUAACAAUUUCGUUAGUAAUAUGUGCUCGUUUGUCUUCUGCAUUGUUACUGGCUUUCAACAUGUUGGAUUUCGACGGUAGGCCCCGAUUUCCACAAUAAUAAAAAACUGUUAGUCGUUUCAACAAACCUGGAUCCUUACAACAAAUAUAGGCUUAAACUUCUACGAAUCAAUUCAAUUUAUUUAAUGCAUCAAAAACCAAAUAUGUUCUUGUGAUCGGCUCGGAACCAUAGAAGGGGUUGAAGAAAUAUUUCCUUGAACCGAUCCCAAAGGAUUUUUUUAUUGUGUGCAGGCUUCAAAGGUGCCGCGUUUUGUCGGGUAGUUAAUUGCGUUCGCUGUGUUUAUCAAAUGGCGGCUUCUUUUCGAGCGGGUUUGAUUGACAUCGGCGCUGUCAGGCUUCAUCGCAGCUGCUUGUAAUUAGCUGGCCGGCUUACAUGUGCAAAGUUGGCACACGACCAUGUGCUAACACCCUAAAAUAUUAGCAACGAUCGCUGAUUGGUGCGGUUUCGUCUCUCAAAGUGACGUUGCUCGCACGGCUUUCACUUGGGAAGCCACUACAUUGCGGCGGCAUUGUUUGAUGUCCGAUCAAUCAAGUGAAACCUUCAUAGUAGGCCCGAACGAAGCCUUUCCAGUGUUGUGAAGGCCACAUAAUGCUUAUAACUUGGAUCGCGAAACUGCCUGCAUCGAAAUUGGCUUUUCUCACAACUUUAUAGCAAACGUAGUGGCAGGACUUUAUCGUAAGACUUCCAAAGAGAUUCGCUUUAUUCUUUAUGUUUAAAAGGAUGUAUGCAUUCGAUGUUUGUUUAUACUUUUGCCGUUCAUCCGACUGCGGCCUUUAUUGAAGUGCCGAAAUCUUGUGAAAGGCGGCUAAGUUGCAAGGGAAAGCGCUAUUGUUGGGGCUCAUCACUGUUCAUAUGUCGCUGUGAAAGUAGAUAAUUGCUUGUGUCCGUCGUUGGUUCAUUUCUAAUCGAUUAUGCUGAAAGUAGUUUAUCUGAGUUGUUUCUGUAACGCUUGCUGAUGUUCCUGUUAUCAUUUUGAAGCUUGUCGUUCAGGGAUUUGGGCCUAACACAGAACUCCAACUCAAAUUUCCAACAUGGACGUUGAAACUGCGGUUCUACCGACUUCUAGUCGGCCUCCACCAGCGGGGCAGGAUGCAGUCGAUUUCAAGGAAGAAGAAUUCAAGGCAACUGAAUGCCAAGGAGCAAAAGCUAAUUGCUACGAGAUUGGAAAACCUAUCCAAGGAACUCCCCUAACUUUGUCAUGUCAAAACCCCUUGGAUGUAUCGCAGAAAAUGGCACAUUUUCAACAAAACUUUGCACUUGACGAAGCUUGUAAUGCAGCUGCUAUUCGAAACAAUAAUAUUUGUUCAGAAUAUUUUUAUGAAAACUGGAGAAACAAUUUUGAAUCACUAGUUUAUGAUGCCGAAGGUCGACAAGUUUUUUAUUUGUACCUGAAACAUGUGAAGCAUGCCGUACUACUCGAUUGCUUGCAAGCAUGUGAAGUCUUUCGUGCGCUUCCACCGACGAACGAUUUGUAUAUAUCUGCAAGGGAUUUUUAUAAAAGAUUUAUACAGUUUAGAAACCCCAAGCUUCAUAUACACGACUCAACUAGGACCAAAGUCAAUCAGUGGAUGAGGAAUAGUUCUUUGCAUAGAUCAAUGUUUGAAGGUGUUGAGUGUGAUGUUUUGACUGAACUGAAAAACACAUGGCACCAUAGGUUUAUAUCUUCAGAUUAUUUCUUGAAUUAUUGCUUAUCUGCUAAUCAAGGCCCUCUCGAAACUUCAAAGCAAUUUCAGUCCAGCUCGAAGGGAUUAAGGAUGCCAGUCGUGGAAGAAGAGAACACGGGGGAUUUUCGCGAAAAAGAUGGCGCCCACGGUAAAGAAAUUAAAGGGAAAUCCAUGAAGUUCUCAGAUGAGCUUAGGACAGUGCAGGAUACAGCAAUAUCUUGUCAGCGAGCAGAAAACCCCAGUUUGAUGGCCAAAGCUGAGAGUGAUCUUGGUGAUCCUGAUUGCAAGGAACGAAAACCAAAGCAGGAUUCACUGGUAGCAAGUGAUUUGAUGAUUGGUAAAAAGACAAGACAGAAAAACAAAGAACAUGAAGACAAUUUACCAACCCUGCCCCAUUUUAAACCACGAACAGAAAGGAUUAGUAGAGAAGCCAUGAAACCCAUGAAGCCAGAAGAGUUUGCCAAUGUUCUUUGUCAGAAAUUAGAAAAAGUCAUUCGAGAUAGAGCUCUAGCAGAAAGCCAAGUAGAGACUCCGCUUCCAGUAACUGAUGAGUUAGUGCACACCAUAAACCAAAAUGAACAGAGUACACCUAUGGUUUCAACUGGAACUGGUCUGGCAUCCACAGAUGAAAAUAUUGCCACUGGAAGCUGCCAGGGACAUAGCAAUUACCCACACUCAGAAAGGUAUUCAGUGGCAGGAAUGUCUUCAACCAGUGGAUCUGAGCUGAAGUCAGAUAGUCAGCUUAAAUACAGACAUGGAGCGAAAGAACUUGCUUCUGCUGUACACCAUGCACUAAGGACAGAAUUAAAGGAAUGUCAUUGCCAGCAGUGCCUUGAAAAACAGCUUUCCUCGCGAAAAUUUGAAAAUACAACUCAUAAUAAUAUAGUACAAGAUGAAAUUGGUUCACAAAUUGCGCACUGUCAGUGUUGUAGACUCUUGCAGAAAGGUCACCAGGAACCAUUGUUACAUCAUAAAAAUAAUGGACAACAUGGAAAACUGACAACUUCAAAUUUAGAAAAUCUUAAAGGUCCACAGGUAAUGGUAGAUCAUCAAAGAAUUUACUCAUGGAUGGAACAUAAUGAAAAAUAUAAAUCUGAAAUGAUGCAUCCUCAUUCAAUAGACUCGUCUUCACAGACAAAUGCAACAAAACAUAGGCAUAGACAGCCUGUUGUUUAUGAUACAAGUAGGCCUAGCUGUUCUUCAGGCAGUGUGGAACAUGGAUUUGCAAGAGAUCAUGCUCUACCACUUCUUUCACAGCCUGAUACUAGUUUGGUAUUAGAGGAAGCAAAACGUAGAUUGGAAGAUACAAAUCGUUCUAUGGGCAAAAGUUCCAGAAGAAGUGGAAGGUCAAGUAGCAGGGCACCAUACAUGGAGUCUGUUUACCCUGAAACAGCCAUGAGUACCACAUCAGAUAACUGGACCUUAUCAGAUUCUGCUUCAUCUGUGUCAAGAAACCAGGUUCCUUCAAUUAUAUCUUCAUCAAUUCCAUCAUCAGCAUCCCAGUAUAUUAACGAAUCAACCAGUAACCUUCAUUGUGACAGUGUCCGUAGCCAUAGCAGUGGUGGUAGCAGAGGAAGCAGAAGUGAUAUGACUGUUGUUACUUACUUUUUGGGACUUGAGCCUAUUCCAUAUAGAACAAGUCUUCGUGGCAAAAAUAUCACCUUGGCACAGUUUAAAGCACUGAUCACUAAAAAGGGAACUUAUAGGUACUUCUUCAAAACCAAAACUAAAGAUGAUGGCACUGUCUACCAGCAAGUCGAGAACGAUGAUGAGUAUUUGCCUAAAUUCGAAAAUAAAAUUGUAGUAAAAGUGGAAAAGGUUGAAUAAUAAUCAGCGACAUUAAUUCUGGAAAGUAAUGAUAAUGUAAUUAUUUCAAAAUCAACAUAUUCUGUUAACUUUAUAAUUCGCACACACAUCUUUUGUUAUUGUUUAAACUUCCUCAGGACAAGUAUUUUUGCUCAGCUAUUUCGAAACAAAGACACCUCAGUCGAUUAUUUAAGUUUGUGUGACAAUUCAGCCCGCAUUGUGAUUUUCAGAGUUGCGACGAAACGGCUUGGGAAUAAAGAGACCUCGAUUUAUUUAAGAGUCCCAAAAGUAGUGCUGCUAUGAACUGAACCAAUCUUACAUAGCCUGCAUGCGAUUUCCUGAUGAAUUUCGCCAUGUGCUCUCUAGGAUUACAAUCUUUUAAGGAAAUAUCAGCCUUUCAUGUAAUUAAGCAAGCCAUUAUUCAGGACCAGCUUACUGCUAGCUUUAUGCUGAUGUACGUAGACGUUUCCUAUAUGCAAAAGACCAUCCAGUGUUAAUGCCUAACUACUACGAAAAAUGAAACAAUUGACGGAGAUGCAUCACGUAAUGGAAGAUGCAAUACAUAGUUGGAGCGUAAGGUCAUUGCUAAAGCUAGACAGUUUCCUGGUUUCCUUGUAGCUUGUUUGUACAUUUUGAGAUUAAGAUAAAAGAUUUCUUUGAUAUCCUAAUGAAAAUCUUGUGAUUUAAUAAAAAGAGCAUCUUUGAUGUUUUUCCCAUGUGAAUUAGCCCCUGACACAUGAUAUAUGAGAUAAAGAGUGCUAUAUCAUGAAACCCAAGCACCUUCUCCCCUUUACUUAGCACCCCUGUACAUCUAGGCACAUAAUUUUUGUCCGGCAAUUCAUUGCAUCUUGUAUCAAUUAACUUGCUAUACACACGAGGUGUUCGUAUCCCUGUAGAGCAUAUUAGAUAAUGGUAGUUUGAUAUGAAACAUUUCAUAAGCCAUACACAUUUUUUAUACGAAAACUAUUGAUAAUUUUAAAUUCUGUCUCAGAGAGGUAUUGGAAGUAAUGUGUACAAAAAUUUUGUAAUAUAUUAUACAUAUUGGAUACGUUAGAAAGCUGUGUAACCUCAUUUGGUUUGAAGUUAGAUUUGAAUGCAUUUUAAAUGGACUGAUGACAAGAAAUGCGUUUGGUGA